GCAGCCAUAACCCGUGAGGUGGGGGCUCCGGUGUAAAGCCGAAGGUUCCGCCUCUGUAAACAAAGCAAGAGGAACCAGGCGGAGCCUCCGUCACAUUUGUGGUUCAGUAGCAGGUUACAGUUAACUCUAGUCUCCCCAAACAUGUCUUGAUUAAGAAAAAAUAACAUUUAGCUGGAUUCAACCGGCAGGAAUAACUUAAAAGGCGGGAACUGAGCAUCCGUGUGUAGGAGUUUAGCCGGUCGCCAUGGAAACCACCACCUCCCUGAAGAUGACCUCUCUGGUGGUCCAGAGUCUGUUCAGCUACGUGGAGGAGGACAACCUGGCCGCCCUCCAGACUCACCUGGACAAGUUCAGAGACGUGGACUGCAGGAGCGACAACGGACAGACGCCACUGAUGGUGGCAGCAGAGCUGGGCAGCCUGGAGAUCGUCCAGGAGCUGAUCAGGAGGGGCGCCACCGUCGACAUGGACGACGUGGACUGCUGGACGGCGCUGAUCUCCGCCGCUAAGGAGGGACACCUGGAGGUGGUGAGGGAGCUGCUGGAGAGCGGCGCCAACCUGGAGCACCGAGACAUGGGAGGCUGGACGGCGCUCAUGUGGGCCGCCUAUAAGGGCCGGACGGAGGUGGCCCGGCUGCUGCUGGAGAGAGAAGCCAAUCCGAACAUCACUGGGCAGUACAGCGUCUACCCGAUCAUCUGGGCGGCGGGCCGCGGCCACGCAGAGAUCGUCGAUCUCCUGCUGCAGUAUGGAGCCAAGGUCAACUGCUCAGACAAGUACGGCACCACCCCGUUGAUCUGGGCCUCCAGGAAGGGCCACUACGACAGCGUGAUGCACCUGCUGGCCAACGGAGCUGAUGUGGAUCAGGAAGGAGCAAACUCCAGGACGGCUCUGAUCGUGGCGGUGAAAGGCGGCCACACGGACGUCGUCAAAGAGCUGCUGAAGAGGAAUCCCAACGUCAACAUGACCGAUAAGGACGGCAACACGGCGCUCGCCAUCGCCGCCAAGGAGGGCCACACGGAGAUCGUUCAGGACCUGCUGGACGCCGGAACCUACGUCAACAACCCCGACCGGAGUGGAGAGACAGUGCUGAUUGGAGCAGUAAGAGGAGGACAUGUGGAGAUUGUCCGAGCUCUGCUCAACAAAUACGCCGAUGUCGACGUCACGGGCCAGGAUGGGAAGACUGCCCUCUACUGGGCAGUGGAGAAAGGAAACGCUGCCAUGGUGAGGGACAUCCUGCAGUGCAAUCCUGACACGGAGAGCUGCACCAAGGACGGAGAGACUCCGCUUGUUAAAGCCACUAAAAUGAGGAGCAUAGAUGUCGUGGAGCUGCUCCUGGAUAAAGGAGCCAAAGUGUCUGCAGUGGACCGGAAAGGGGACACUGCCCUGCACAUUGCGAUCCGCGGGCGCAGCCGAAAGCUGGCCGAGCUGCUGCUCAGGAACCCAAAAGAUGGCCGCCUCCUGUACCGGCCCAACAAAGCUGGAGAGACGCCGUACAACAUCGACUGCACCCACCAGAAAAGCAUCCUGACGCAGAUAUUUGGAGCCAAGCACCUUUCCCCAACGGAGACAGACGGCGACAUGCUGGGUUACGACCUGUACAGCAGCGCUCUGGCGGACAUCCUCAGUGAGCCCACCAUGCAGCCGCCCAUCUGUGUUGGUCUGUACGCUCAGUGGGGCAGCGGCAAGUCCUUCCUCCUCAAAAAGCUGGAGGAUGAGAUGAAGACCUUUGCAGGGCAGCAGAUCGAACCGCUGUUCCAGUUCUCCUGGCUGGUGGUUUUCCUCACGCUGCUCCUCUGCGGCUCAGUCGCCAUCAUUCUGGGUUUUACCGUCGACCCCAAGCUGGCCAUCGCCGUCUCCCUCAGCCUCCUCGCUCUGCUCUACACCUUCUUUGUGUUGGUGUACUUUGGGAGCCGGCGUGAGAAGGAGAGCUGGCACUGGGCCUGGGUCAUCAGCGCCCGUCUGGCCCGUCAGAUCGGCUACAUGGAGCUACUGCUCAAGCUGAUGUUUGUGAACCCGCUGGAUCUUCCAGAGCAAACCGCUAGAGCCCUGCCUGUCAGGUUCUUGUUCACGGACUAUAACCGCCUGUCCAGCGUCGGAGGGGAGACGUCUUUGGCUGAAAUGAUCGCCACGCUGUCGGACGCCUGCGAGGCGGAGUUCGGCUUCUUGGCCACCAGGUUGUUCCGGGUUUUCAUGAACGAUGAGAUCAAAGGUCAGAAAUGGAAGAAAACCUGCUGCCUUCCGUCCUUCGUGUUUGUUUCGCUGACGUGUGGAUGCCUGAUCACCGGUGUGGUGCUGCUAUCCAUCUUUAAGGUGGACUCUGAAAACCUGACGGUAAACACAGUUCUGAUAGCGAUGGCCAGCGUGGUCGGACUGGCGUUGCUGCUCAACUUCCGGACCUGGUGGCAGGUGGCCGACUCCGUCCUCAACUCCCAGAGGAAGCGGCUGCAUGGCGCCGCCAACAACUUACAUAAGCUGAAGAGCGAAGGGUUUAUGAAGGUCCUGAAGCACGAAGUGGAGAUGAUGUCCAAAAUGGCCAAAACCAUCGACGGCUUCACUCAGAACCAAACGCGCAUGACGGUCAUCAUCGACGGGCUGGACUCUUGUGAACAGGACAAAGUUCUGCAGAUGCUGGACACGGUGCGAGUUCUCUUCUCGAAGGGUCCGUUCAUCUCCAUCUUCGCCAGCGACCCUCACAUCAUCAUCAAAGCCAUCAACCAGAACCUGAACAGCGUCCUGAGAGACUCCAACAUCAACGGCCAUGACUACAUGAGGAACAUUGUCCACCUGCCGGUCUUUCUCAACAGCAGAGGCCUCAGCCGCGCCAAGAAGCUCUGCAUGGCCACGCCCACAAACGGGGAGGCCGACGGGUGUCAUGACGACAUGGACAGAAGGAUGUCUCUGAUCAGCCUGGCCCAAGAUCAAGUCAAGGUUGGCAGCAAGACUACUCUAAACCGAAGGGACACGUACCGGCGGCGGCAGAUGCAGAGGACCAUCACCAGGCAGAUUUCGUUCGACCUGACCAAGCUGCUGUUGACGGAGGACUGGUUCUGUGACAUCAGCCCCCAGACCAUGAGGCGGCUGCUCAACAUCGUCUCCAUCACAGGUCGCCUGCUGCGCGCCCAUCAGAUCAUCUUUAACUGGGACCGCCUGGCGUCGUGGAUCCACCUGACGGAGGAGUGGCCGUACAGAACGUCGUGGAUCAUCCUGUUCCUGGAGGAGGCCGAGGGCGUGUCGGAUCAGGUCACACUCAAGACCAUCUAUGAGAGGAUCUCCAAAAACAUCCCCACCACCAAGGAUGUGGAGCCGCUGCUGGAGAUCGAUGGAGACAUCCGCAGCUUUGAGAUCUUCCUGUCCUCCAGGACACCAGUCAUCAUCGCCAGAGACGUGGAGACGUUCCUGCCCUGCACUGUCAACCUGGACCCCAAACUCAGGGAGAUCAUCGCAGAUGUGCGUGCGGCCAGGGAGCAGAUGCAUUUAGGAGGGGUGACCUACCCCACGCUGCCCCUGCAGGAGGCAGCGCCGCGACCCGCGCCGGGCUUCGGCCCGCUCUCCGCCGCCGGCUCCCCGAUCGGCUCCUUCGGCGGCGCGCUGCCGCCUCAGCCACACAGCGCCUACUUCAGUGGGAUGACGGGCCCUCAGCACCCCUUCUACAACCGGCCAUAUUUCCCCCAUCAUGUCUACCACCUGCCGCGACCUUACGCUCACCUUGCCCCCUCAUCCUCACGUCCCUCCGCUAAACUGUCCAGUCCGCCGCAGGACGCCGUCGGACUCGAUGUUAUUGCAGAGGAUGCCAGGGAGGGCCUCCCCUCCAGCCCAUGUGACCCAGCCAUGGUAACCUCGCUAGCAUUAGCAUUAGCAUCCAUGUUCGGCACAAUGCUCACGACUGUCUAGUCAAAGUAACCUGGAAUUAUCCGCUUGUGAAGCUUUUGGUGUAUUUAAGUAUCCUUAGGCCUGUCACAGUAAUCAAUAAACCAAUAAUAAAUUAAAACAAAUUAAAUUUUUAUUUGCAUAAUUUAUUGUUUUUUACUUUCUCCUAAAAACUGUAAGAUAAGUUUUCAGUCUUGCUCCUUUCUUUGAAGGAUAAUUUUGUUCAUAAUUCGUUUUAUUUCUUGUUUCUGUUGUUUUUAUUUUGAAUAUUUGAAAUGUUUGUUGUUGUGACGGUGAGCUGCGCCGUAAGCAGGUCUGUUUUCAUGUAGCUGUUUUUCUGGAUCGGAUCCAUAUCGGCCGAUUCUUAACCUCAGUGGAUCGGUCCAACAUGAGCUUCACGAUUUUAAAUGAAUUAAUGCGAUAAAUGAAGACGGCCUGCAUGCCGUCUAACUUCAGCCUUGAUUUGACCUCUGACCUCGUUGCUGAAGCUCUGCUUCUCCAGAACAGAACAAUUUAAUGAUAAGACAGCUCAGGAGACGUCUGCUUAUCGGCGCCCAGCCGGCAGCCGAGUGAGCGAUGCAGAGCUAGAUGAGCCCGUUCUCCUCCGAUCGUCGUGAUUCCUGCUUUGUUUUUAUUUUCUCUUAACAUUUACGCCGCAGUCGUCUGCGUUUUCCUGCUAAUCUGGGUUUGUGAGCAGCGUAAUUACCGAGCCGGUGUCUGUGUGAGUUCGGCUCCCUGCGGCUGCCGGGACGAUCAUCAGAGCAACUGUUGGGGCUGGCGUGCACACACACACACACACCCGCACGCACACACACACACGCACACACACUCGCACUCUGGUACUGUACGCUGACAAUGAGCCCAGCUCUGGUGGAGCUUAUCUCCAUACCAAGACGCUUCCUCCCUCACUGAGCUCUGUUUCCUCUUCCCCAUCCUUCUGCCCAGCCCAGCUGUAAUUACACUCUUAUCACACACACACACACACACACACACACACACACACACACACUCACUUUGUGUCACGUUCUCCGUCUGAAUCUUCCCUGAAUUGAAACUUCUGCUUUUUGUUGAGUAAAAGGUGUCGGCGGAGAUUAGCGCUCGUUGUUUCAUAAUUCUCUAACAGUUUCUACGUCUCCAGGCCGCCGCCCGUUUCUUUCUGUCUGUGUUCACGUCUGCCAUCUUUGUUCGCAGGUUGGGUCUCGGCUGCGUAGCGCCCAGAGUUUUAUCUGUGGUUUUUGACUGUUUGCUUCUUCUUGUCUCCUU